GACGAAGCCAAAUUUCCAAAUAGUAGACUUGCUUUCAGCGUCGUUUCGUGUAGAUUCUCUCACCAUCUGUUUCGAUAAGAACCCUCUCCCCGAAAUCCCAAAUAUCUUUCUCUCCUCCUCUCUUCUCUCCUUUUACUCGGCUUUUGAUCCAACAGGUAUAAUGAUUAAAUUGUUCAAAGUUAAGGAGAAACAAAGGGAACUUGCAGAAAAUUCUAAUGGCAAACCACCUGUUAAGAAGCAAAGUGCAGGCGAAUUGCGUCUUCACAAAGAUAUAAGUGAAUUAAACCUACCCAAGACAUGUAGCAUAUCAUUCCCAAAUGGAAAAGAUGAUCUCAUGAACUUUGAAGUAACCAUUAGGCCUGAUGAUGGAUACUACUUAGGUGGCACAUUUACAUUCACCUUCCAGAUUUCAUCCAUCUAUCCCCAUGAAGCACCAAAGGUCAAAUGCAAAACUAAAGUUUACCACCCCAACAUCGAUUUGGAUGGAAAUGUUUGCCUCAACAUUCUUCGUGAAGACUGGAAACCAGUCCUCAACAUAAACACCAUCAUCUAUGGCUUGUAUCAUCUUUUCACGGAGCCGAAUCAUGAGGAUCCACUGAACAGAGAAGCAGCUGCGGUGUUGAGAGACAACCCGAAGAUGUUUGAGUCGAAUGUGAGAAGAGCAAUGGCGGGUGGGUAUGUGGGCCAGACCUUCUUCACCAGGUGCAUAUGAAGUAUGAAGUCAUGGUGGAAAUAAGUCUAUGUUCCCAAGGGUCUUUUUUGCAAAUUGGGAGAAACUUGGGGGGUUGAAGGUGUUGUUUAUGAAAAAUGAAAAUGGUCUUGUUUGUUUGUAACUCUGUUGAAUGCCAUUAUUUCGGGUCUCACUUGUCAAAUUGUCUUGUAAAACUAUGAUGUGUUUUGGGAAGAUAAAAGAAUCUCAUGUUAAUGUUGAUGUUUGCUUCA